UGUAAAUUUUACAAUUUAACAAGUACAAUCAUUAUCUUGUAACAAAAAAGAGAGUCAUUAUUAUAUCUUCUUUGAUUCAUUUAUUGGUUCAUUUAUUGCUACCAAACAAGAGUCUGUGAAUGAUAUGGAGAUUAAUGAAUACUCUGUGGGGUCAUCUUGCAUUCAACAUUCCCUUAAACUGUCUCAUGUCAGAAUUUUUUAAAAUAUUCAAAAUCUUUAAGCAUAAAAACAGAAAACACACACACACCCUCUCUCACACACUAACCAUUUCAAGUUGGCUUUAUCUCAAAAGGGUCUGAAUUUCUUUGUUGGUAUACCCUUAAUCUUUAUUCCUUUUCAGAUUCUUGAUUAAUUUUGAUUAGCUGAAGACUUAUAAGAAAAGAAUAAGAUUUGUGGGAAAGAUUUAAGGGAAAUGGUGGAAUCUGAGGUGUAUUCUUCUAGAAUCUUCUCACAUUUUCGAGAAGAAAUUGGUGAAGAAGAGCUUUCUGUUCUUCCAAGACAUACAAAAGUUAUUGUAACUGGAAACAACCGAACAAAAUCGGUUUUGGUUGGUCUUCAAGGUGUUGUCAAAAAGGCUGUUGGCCUAGGUGGUUGGCAUUGGCUGGUUUUGAAGAAUGGAGUGGAAGUGAAGCUACAAAGGAAUGCUUUGAGUGUUCUUGAACCCCCUACAGGUCAUGAAGAAGAUGGAGAAUAUGAAUUUGAUAAUUCUAGUUGUGGCUCUGAUGUUGGUGAAAAAGACAAUUUCUUUUCUGGUGCUAUGGAGUUCAGCAAAGCAAGCAAGCCUAGGGUUCGAUACACAAGACCAUGGGGUCAAGGUCAAGGUCAAGGUCAAUCUCAGUCAACAAAACAUUUUAAUCGUAUUGGUUCCAAAGAAGUUCAAUCCAAUACGAAUCCAUCUUACACAAAAGUCAACUUCGCGAAGCUUGGAUUUGACACACUGUGGCGAUAUUAUAGCACCUUCAACCUUGGAAACAUACAUUCUAAUCCAACAAAGGAACAACUGGUGAUUGCAAUCCAAAAGCAUUUUGCUUCACAGCGAGUGAGUGAAGUGGAAGUGAUAAUGGAGUUCGUUCAUGCUGCAAAAAGACAGAAAAAAGGAAGAACACACAGGGAAACAAGUUGAAAGGAUCCGUGUGCUUUGUUUGUAUAAUCUAAUCUAAUCGAACACGUAAAUUGUUUGUGCUAACUGAUUUAGCUCUUACUUAGGAACCAAGUAACUCUAGAGAUAGGAAAACUUAUUAGUCAAGCAAUUCGAUACUCUUGCGAGAUUUAACCGUGUAAUAUAUCGCUCUAUGCCUCGGUUUAUAAAGCUUAAUUUCCUCUA